AUGACCCUCCGCGCAGGCUUCUACACGGUCUCGCUCGCGGUCAAGCUCCUCCGGCGGGAGCUCGAGAGCCCGACACUGCACUGGAGUCACGACAAGGAGAAGAGCGAGAUCGACUCCGAACAUGCGCUACCGUGUUACCUACCCCUCUUCCCUGCAUUCCUCGCUCUCGAGCUUCGCGGCGUAAUAUACAAGCGCCCUGAAAAGCGCAUCCGCCAACGCUUCGACCUACAGUCACUUACAAUCUGUGACUACACCUAUGACUCGCGCGUGCAGCUUCACCAGCGUGCAACCAUUGAUCUGCUCUGCCUCUUCCUGUCGUUCAAGGAGCCCAAGUUUCAACAUAUAUGCCCACGAACCCGUCAAGAGGAUGACGUCGAGUGGGGUCUCCUACGAAUACCGCCUACGGCGCAGGUCAGGUAUCUGGACACCAGUGGGACUUGUUACCGCACAGAGCCAGCGGUGAUCGCUUGCGCGGCAACAUUGGAACAUCUCAAGUGCGCCCUGAAGUACUCAUACCAUCAUGUCAUCGAACUCGCUAUUCACCGAUACGACUACGACGCCGACGCCACUCCAGGCGAGCCCUGGUCCGCGCUCGCCGCGUUCGUCACGGCGCUGCGCAAGUGUCCCUACGACACUCCCACCCUCGAGUACAUUGAGCUCCAGCUUAAACUGUUCCCGUCAAUCAAGAAGUACGGGGAACUGUCGAUGUCUAAGGAUCGGCAUGCGUUCUCGCAACACCAGCCAUUCGCAAACAAAGCGGACGCGGCGCUUGGUUGCCUCGUGGAUAAGGGCCUCGUCAAGUCUGUCAGAGUCCGCUGA